AUGACAACUGAUGCAACAACCAGAGCUGCAACAAUUGAUGCUAUAACUAAGGCUGCAACAACAGAUGCAACAACCAGGGCUGCAACAACUCCUGAUGUUGUAGUAACUAAUGCAACAACUGAAACAACAGCUGCAAGAACGACUGAUGCAACAACCACAACCGAAACAACAACUGAUGCAACAACCACAACCGAAACGACAACUGAUGCAACAACCACAACCGAAACGACAACUGAUGCAACAACAACAACUGAUGCAACAACCACAGUUGUAACAACAACUGAUGCAACAACCACCACAACAACCACCACAGCCUCCACGCUGCAGACGACCAGUCGGCCCUUCCUGCCGACGAUCGCUCCGUUGAGCAGACUCCCUCUGCAGUUUACUGUUCAUGUCGACUCGCACCACGCCCCUUCAUGUCUUGAUGGUGAUUAUUUCCCCAUUUUUCUGUCUCCAACUCCACGUAACGGGGUCAAUCUGCCGGCGUUUGUCAACCAAACGCUGGAAAUCCGAGUCCGAGCCACUGCAGUGUACACCAGAAUCUCAGACCUGAUUGUUAGUGGACCUGCAGGCACCUCCAAGCACCGAAACUCCACUGAAGAAUUCACCAUCAGAUGGACUCCCACUGAAAACGAAGUCAACGACCAUUUCGCCUUCUGCUUUUAUUUUGAGGCGACAGACAGACACAACAGAGUCUAUCAGUCGGAGCUGCGCUGCGUGACGGCUGACGUCGGACACCAUGACACCGUCGUUCACUGUAACGUCACCUCGAUGAUGGUGGAGGUGGAGAAGUCGUACCUGAUCAGACGCAAUGAGAGGAGUUUACACCUGAAGGACUUCAGCGCCGCCGCCUGCAGCCUCCAAAGAUUAUCCAACAGAACCCACCUGGUGGCCGUCAUGUCGCUCAACGCCUGCGGGACCACGCUGGAGGAGGAAGGAGAUAACCUCGUCUUCAAGAACGAGAUCACAUCCGCCGACCCCAGUGCAACAAUCUCAAGAGAACACGACGUGGAGAUCGUCUUUUCCUGCGUCUAUCCAAAGCGAACCAACCUGACGCUGGGAUUCAGGCACAAGAACCCGUACGCGUUCACAGAGAGGGGCUUCGGCGCUUUCAGCUUCCAGUUUGAAUUCUUUGAGAGUCAGCGGUUCAGGACUCAGGUGGACGCCAGCACUUACCCCGUGGAGGUGAACCUCAAACAGAUGAUGUUCAUGCAGAUCGAGGCGACCAGCUCCAUCCCCAACACCGAGCUGUUUGUGGAGUCCUGCAGGGCGACUCCGUACGACAACCCAAACUCUCGCAUCAGCUACACCAUCAUCGAACACGGGUGUGUGCGGGACGGCACAGUGCAGAUUUACUCCGGCUCAAACCUCCAGUUCAGAUUUGGAAUGGAGGCUUUUGAAUUCAUCGGAGCUUAUGAUGAGGUGUACAUCACUUGUUCUGUCAUCCUGUGCGAGACUGGCGUUCCCGGCACCAGGUGCUCUCAGGGCUGCAUCCGUUCGGGAGGCCAUCGCACUAAAAGAGAGGCCGCGGCUCAAACCAGCAGCCACUCCAUUUCCCAGGGGCCUUUGCACCUGCUUAAAUCUCCUGACAGCCAAGCGUCGCUCCCGAGCCUGAAUCUGAGCGUGAACCUUGCAUUCGUUGCCACCUUCUUUCUGGCAUGUGGAGCGGUGGUCUACCACUCGAGGACGUCCAAACCUAAAUACCAGCUUCUGCCGAGCGCUGAGACAGGCUGAGGCCAGGAGGGGCAUUUUUUAUCCAAUCAAAUCAUUCUGGAGGCGGGAGAGAUCUACUGCUAUAAUCCCAAUUUUGCUUUGAAUCAGUUUCUAUUUUAGAGUUUCUCAUUUCAGACGUCUAAGAGGAUUUAGGUCACUUUGCUUUGUGUGACGUGCACCUGCUGCAGUCAUGAAGGGUUCAUUAUGUGAAUAAAGGAAUCUUAUUUUGUUCUCUAAUGUGAUUUACACUUAUUUCAAUCAGCAUCAGCUAACAAUCACCUUACAGGUUAAAUAAAAAUGUCACGAUGU